GCCUUGGAGAUAUACUGUAGGUUGAGAAGUAACACUGUACGACGAUGCUGUAGAAGCUCGCGGGUCACGGGUCUAGAAUCUCGUUGCCCGAUGCGGUUUAACGUCCUCGGAGACACGCUAUUCCGGAUUGGGCCAGGUUGACAUGGACGGAGAUGUCAUGGCUCAAGCUAUCUCCAUAACCAUCACUUCGAGUCUUCGGACUGUCUACUUUCCCUGCAUUUUCCUGCCCUCGCACCUCAACUGCAUCUUCUAUCGCCCAUAAUUCUCUCUUCGCUCAUUUAUACCCCAAGGAAAUACUCCUCUCUUCGAGUAUUUUCCAUCCGCGACUCCUCUAACUCGCCUCCCCCGCGCAUUUGACCUUCCACGCAGUUGUUACCUGCAGGGGCAUCGGGACAGUUCAUCUACAGGCUGUUUUGCCAGCCGCAGUCUUUUUCUUUUAUUUCUAGUGCUCUGUAAACAUCUUCGAGUCGGUCUGAUGGCCCCUCACAGUCGACGCCAUGUCGGUGCUAGCCGGAGGAAGAGAAGAGAUGAGGAAGGCGAGGAUGAAGGCUCGGUCGAUGGAGGAUUGGAAGAGGACUCGUUGAGUGAGGGAUCUAUUAUUAGUCACCAGGAUGACGAUGAUGCCGAUGGGGAAGGUAGUGAUGAGAGCGAGGAUGAUGCUUCUGUGCCUUCUCAGAGUGACCGCAUCGAGAGCCAUCGAGUUAAUGGUCGUGUGCGCAAGGUGGAUGGGCAAUCGGGUCGAAAGUCUGCCUCUCCAGUAAAACAGCAUUUCGCGUCGACCGUAUCAGAUACAGAAGCAAUGCUGAAUGGGAUAAGGAUCUCAGAAGGAGACGGUCAGGUGGCAGAAAUCCGUUUCGAUGAUAGUAAGGCAGACUUCGAUCGGCCUGCUAGAACGCCGUCAGCACCCCCCGCAGAACAGAAACGAGAGAACUUUACAGAGAGGAAACGUCGCGAACAUGAGAAAUACGUCAAGGAAUGGGAUGAGAACCCUGCCCUUGUACCUACAAGGGGAAGUUUCUUCCUUCACGAUAAGCGUUCAACGGAAUCAGGGACGGGUGGUCAUAAUAAAUCAUCCAACAAAUCCAAAUCAAGACCAUAUGGUCUUAUCGUCGACGGGAAUGUGCGAAGGAAUCCGCAGAAAUCAGACGCAAGCGAGGGUCAAUGGACUCACGAUCUCCACGAGACAGUUGCAAACGACGGACCACCUGCCUCCAGACCGUGGACCACGCCUUCCGCUACAACAACAUCCAAUGUGCCAAAGACUGCUCCUGCACCACCCAGAUCGUCCCCUCCCAACCGUUCUUUCUCCAGCACCACUUUGAUCGGGAAUGUCCCCGUUGUGGUCUUCCUACCGGGCAUGGAACGCCCCAUUCAUCACUCUACCAUCCCAAAGAGACAACAUACACGUCUGCCUCAGCAUCGACCUCCUUUGCGUCGAGACAAACCUGUCCGGAUUUCUCUUCCCGGCCAACCUCCAAGAUAUAUAUUCCCUUCUACCGAGCGGUCUUUCAUCUUCAUUCCCCGAGCUCUGCGACCCAACCAACAAUCCUUCCGAGGUAGGGGUCGUGGUGGAUUUUAUGGCGGGAGGCGCCCUAGCCUCUACAUGAAUCCUGGCUACUCGCCAGGUGUUGCUAUGAGCCGGAGGUCGUCUAUCGGGAGAGCAUCUCACGAGGGAUUCAAUUCACCGGCAGGUUCUGUUUACUCCAGUGGCAAGCCCGUUGUUCGGCUUCCACUCAUCAAACCACCGGGAACUGUUAUACCUGCUGCUGCUGGCCCAGUGCCGACCGCUUCUAUACCUCAAGCUAUGCCUCUUCAUGCGCAGCCCCAGAAUCCUGCCUACCGUGAGAGUCGACCAGCCCCGAUACCAAUGCACCAGCCCCGCCCUCAGAAAGCUGUUUCUGUCGCCGACAUUGAAAGCCCAGCCAGUUUCCCAGUCAAUCCUCCGCAGCCGCAGCGGGAACAGCCAUUUCACCAACAAGUUCCCAUGUCCAUCAACGGUCCAAUUUACGGACCUGAUGCCUCCAUUCUCCCUCAUGGAUCUCAAUCAUCUCAAGCAUCCACAGCUCAAUUAUCACACAUUCCAGAACGUGCAAUUCACGCUCAACCAUUCCAACCAUACAGUCUCCAACAGCCUCAAGGAUUCUACCCAUCCGCCUACCCUCCUGGAACUGCCUAUUAUCCUGUUUCAGGAGUUGAAUUCGCACCUUAUAGUACCGCCGUUGGCUCUGCUGCUUCCAUGCCGGCAUUUCCACCACCUGCUCCUCAUAUCCCAUAUAUAAUGCCUGCGCCACCCGCUGCAGCUGAACAACCUGCCCAGCCUGGCACCGUGGCGCACGAGUCUGGGGGGACCGUAUAUUAUUAUGAUGCUGCGCAGUUGCCACCAAAUGGGCAGUAUACAUAUCCGCCUCCGGCACCUGGUGGGGUUGUGGGGAUGGGGGGAAUUAUGACUCCUCCCGGGACGACGUACUACUAUGCUCAACCGCAACCGAGUGUGUACUACGCUCCUCAGUGAGUGAAGCAUAACGGGCGUUUGUUUUUGUUUUUUUUUUUUUUUUGGCGAUUUUGAUUUUUUUCUUUUUCUCCGGACCCCACAUCCACAUCCCUCUUCUCUCCUUUUUGAUUCUUUUCUCGCAUUCGACUUUCCUUUCUUUCCCCCUCCUUUGUCUUAUUUUGUUCUUUCGUAUAUCUUCUUCCCUAAGCCAAAUGCCUUUUAUCAUUGCCUGUGGUCUGCUAUGCUACAAGAAUUCUUGUCCGUACAGAUGCAGCUGGUCUUGGUCUCUUGUUUUCCAAGUCCAGCAUGGCCGUGCUGUGUUUCCAUCUACUUCUGAGUGCCUGCGGCUUUUAUAUUAUGAUUAUUUGCUGCAUUUCAGCGAUUGUCACUACGCAUUUUGGCAUCUCACCGUCUGCAUGCCGUUGCCCUUUCGCUUUGAUGCCUGCCAUAGACGGCUACCCUCGUGCUAUGUCCCGGUGCAGAGUCAUCCGGGCCUAUUCCAUUCGAUGGCUGCUUCCCAGAUAAAGAGCCCUUUACGAGGCGUUUGGGCAAGUAGCCGACUCUGUUUCUCUACGUCUAUUCUGCAUAAACCUUCUCUUCUUCUGGUUCUCCGCAUGUUCCCAACACCCUGACAUGUUAGCCGUGGAUGUAUUCAAUGACGCAAAAAGUAAUUGAAGAGCGAUUGAUCUACAGUAGUCGGCCGUUACCCAGACAUUUACGUAAUUGCACGUAGUAUGUAGUAUGUACUACGGAGCGCGGUGAAGACCGCCGUUGUCAUCAUGCGUCAGUGCUUUCGCUUCGGGGCUAGCGCCUCUGGGCGCGCUGGCCAAUCUCGGCCGACCGCAGGCUCACCGCCCCGUGCGUAGCGCUGGCGCAGAUGACCUCCCCCGUACGCGGUCGCAGGCAGCGUCGAGCAUCCCCGGCUCUUCCUCUCUUCCU